UACAGUUCGAUGCCAGACUCUGGAGAGUGCAAGCGUCCUGCUGGUAAGGACCCGUCCAGGUGGGGAGUGGAGGAGGUCAUCUGGUUCAUCAAAGAUGCUGACCCCCAAGCCCUGGGACCCCACGUUGAUGCAUUCAGGAAGCAUGAGAUAGACGGAGAUGCUCUGCUCCUGCUGAAAAGCGAGAUGAUGAUGAAGUAUCUGGGACUGAAGCUGGGACCUGCUCUUAAACUCUGUUACCACAUCGACAGGCUCAAACAGAAUCGGUUGUGAUUUCCUGCGGAGGAGCCGAACCCCUGAUCACCUCUCUCCAAAACUGUAUCUCAAACAACCAUCAGCAGCCAAUCACAGACGCCUUCAGAUCCAGACUUUCUCGACAAACUGUUGACUCUACAUAUUAAGACUAUUUACAGCUGAAGCAAUGAUUUCAUUUCCAUCAUUGUACACCAGGUAUCUGAAUGGCUUUAGAUUGUGAAUAGUUCGGCGCCAUGAAGAUGGCCACUGCUGUAUAUUGAAAUGUGACCUGUCCACUCUGCAAGCUGCACAAAGCUUUACUGCAACUGACUCAACAGCAUGAAUUUGUGCAGAUCAUGGAAAUCAUUCACCGUUAGUGACAGGGAGCUUAACAAACUUGUAUGGUGCUUACCUCAAUAUCAUAUUUAAACUUAAAGAAGUCUUUGGGUUGAGGCACAAUGCUGCUGCAAUUUAAAAACAAUACUUUUGUUAGUUAGUUGUUGUAAACCGAUGAUGAUGUUUUUGACCCAGGUAUCACUCUGACACACAAACUGUAACUGAUCUCUCAAACUCUUCAGUCAAGACUUUUGAUGUUUUCAAGAUACUAAAACAUGUUAAUCUGCAUUAUAAAUAAGUGAUGUAUGUAUGAGAAGUGAAACAAAAGGGUUUUCUAACAUGAAGAUUUUUACCACAAACCACAGCACAAGAGUGAAGCGAUAAGGCGUCAGAGGUGCGCAUAAUCACACUCAUAGUGACAGGAAGGAAAGGAGACGAAGACAGAUGCCGUUGUUCUCAUGAAUUUUACUUGUUCUUCUGAAGUGCUGUGAGAGAAAGCAACUUUUAGCAAACUCAAAUGGUGCAACUUGGUGCUCACUGAAACCAUUACUGCCACUACAUUCACAACACUUAACAAUUUAAUCACUCUCAUCCUGCACUCCAUGAUCCACUAUCUCUGCAUGACUUCCAGAUAGAGGUUACAUUCUCCUCAUGCAAUACCUGUUCAGUCGUGUUGAACAUAAAUGCCUCUGAGUCAUUUCAAAGCAGUAUCUCCAAACUGUAAAAAGUGACAAACUAUUUAGUGAAAUGUCUUUAGCAUUAAUAAUAACAUUUUUUGCUGCCACCAAAUAGUUUUUGUUUUUCAUUUGAAAUUGUAAAAAAAAACAACUUGUAUACACAUUAAUGAGCAGUCACAUGCAGUAUAUGACAAACUUGUGGUUAAACUUGAUGCUUUUUUAAACUGACUGUACAGUACUUGUUACUCUUUAAUCUUUUGUGUUCCAUGUGUUUUGCUGAACUUUGCGCCACAGAUUUAUGUGAGUGCAGCAUGUAUUUCUAUGUAUGAAUUCUGUGUUUCAUGAAUGGACUGCAUUUUGUUUUCCUUUUCAAUUGACCAAUCUGAUAAACUGAUUUUAGUGAUUCACAAGAAAUGAAGCAAUUGUGUUGCACAGGAGCUGUUUCUCUCAAACUAGAAAUCUCCAAAUGUUUUCCACGAUUUUUUAUCAGGCCUGUGACCCAUAUUAAAUCGAUUUUGACUCUUGUUGUCCUUUUCUUUUUAAUAGUGUUUUUUAAAGCAUACUUUUUUCAUGCAAAAUAAACUUUCUUGUUCAAUAAA